GGUGUGUAAUAACAAAUACAUAUAAACGAUUGUCAUUUGCGUGCUAGGUUUCCCCCUUCUUUGUCACUCACAAAUUCAUCAAAACCCUCAUCAAUUUAGCAAUGGCGAAAGACCGAGACGAUUCUCCAGACGACGACAGACUCGCUUCAUCCAAACGCGAUCACCACCACAAAUCCAAGAGGAAAUCCGAAGACCUACCCGAAUCCAAUAUCUCUUCUGAAUCCGAUCACGGAAGCAGAGGCAGCGGUAGCCGGACCACUAAAAGAAAGCGACACCGUCACUCCAGGUCAAAAUCACGAUCAGAUUCCGAUUCCGAAUCUGAAUCAGAAUCAGAGUCGGAUACCGGAAGCUCGGAGUAUUCAUCGGAGGAUGAGAGCGAGACCGAGGAGGAGAGGCGGCGGAGGAAGCGGAAGGAGAGGAAGAGGAGGGAGGAGAAAGAGAGAGAAAGGAAAAGGAGGAGAGAGAAGGAGAAGAGGAGAAGGAGGAGAGAGAAGGAUGAAGAUAAGUUGAAGAAGAAGAAGAAGAAAAAGGAUAAGAAGGAGAAGAAGGAUAAGGGGAAAAAAGGUGCUGUUACUGAUACUUGGGGCAAGUAUGGGAUUAUUAGAGAGACUGAUAUGUGGAACAAACGGCCAGAGUUUACUGCGUGGCUACUAGAAGUGAAACAGGUGAACCUUGAAAGUUUGCCAAACUGGGAAGAGAAGCAGAUGUUCAAACAGUUUAUGGAGGACCAUAACACAGCUACGUUUCCUUCUAAAAAAUAUUAUAAUCUUGAUGCUUAUCACCAAAGGCAAAUAGAGAAGGCCAUGAAAAAGGGGUCCACGAAAGCCACGAAAUCAGAACGUGUUGUGUUUAAUGAUGAAGAGCAACGCAGACUAGAGUUGCAGAGGGAACGCGAGAAACAGAAGGAAGCAGAGGUAGAAGCGUUGAAAUGCUCCAUGCAAAGUGGAAUGGCACAAGCAAUGAAAGAACAAGCUAUACUGAGAGAAGAGAUGAAUUAUUUAUUCAAAAUUGGCAAUGUUGAGGCGGCUACUGCAAUUCAAAGACGCUUGGAUCCUGAUCUUCCUAUGUGAACGGGUGUAUCUGAAGCUGUUACCUUGAAGCUUUGUACUCGAAGCAUUAAUGGUUUUUAGGUUUAACAUAAAUCAGUUACAUGUGCUUGAUCCAACCUGUGGACGACCAUUAGCAAAUGAGAAUAGCUUCUAGUUUUUACGGUUGGCUGGUUGUUUACGAGUAUCUUUUAACACUCGAAACCUAACGAUCACAAGUUUUGUUGUUAUUAUUGAUUUGAUAUCCUGUCUGUGAUUCAAGCGUUAUGGUGCAAUAUGGAUGAGUUCUAGAUAUACGGUGAUUCGAAACUUUGCUUGUA